AUGAAUGAGAAAGAAGAUACUAUUUAUUAGUCCUUCAUUAAUUCAGAAGAUAGUGUACCUUAUGAAAAUCAGAUGGAAUAAUGCUAAUAAUGCGUAUAACUAUAAAAAUAUGUUUAUUAAUUGGAAUAGGAAAUCUCUGAGUUAAAUAAAAUGAUGUAAACAUAAUCAAAGAACCAAAAACCUCAAAACUUUCAAAUACCCAAAAAAUUAUCGUUUUGUAAAUUGUAAUGUGUCAGUGUGAGACAUCAGAAUCAUCAUUACUUAAGCAAGAGUCUCCACGAUGAUCAAAAUCAAAAUACUAAAAGCAUGUAUACUAGUUCUGGGCAUCAGAAGAGGAAGAUUUUCGAUGAAGUGGAAGAAAAGACUAGCACCAAAGCCCUUUAAUUUUAUAAAUUGUGA